GGUAAAUUUUAUGCAAUGAAAAUGUUGGAAAAAGAGAAAAUUGUCAAGUUAAAACAAAUCGAACAUAGCUACUACGAGAAAAAAAUUCUUUGUGGUCUUAAUUUUCCAUUCGUAGUUUAUAUGAAAUAUUUUUUCAAAGACAACGUUUAUUUGUACUUUAUUUUGCCAUUUAUUGCUGGCGGCGAGAUGUUUUCUCAUCUACGCAGAAUGGGCAAAUUCGAAGAAAGCUCUGCAAAAUUCUAUGGGGCUCAAGUUGUUCUCGCACUCGAGUACCUUCAUGCUUGCGAGUUAGUUUAUCGCGAUUUAAAGCCAGAGAACAUUCUUAUAGAUCGUACUGGCUACAUUAAAAUUACAGAUUUUGGUUUUUGCAAAUUGAUCCGUGGUAGAACCUGGACUCUUUGUGGAACUCCAGAAUAUCUAGCACCGGAGAUCAUUUUGAGUAAAGGCUACGGAAUGUCUGUAGACUGGUGGUCGUUGGGUAUAUUAAUUUUUGAAAUGAAUGCUGGCCACCCACCGUUUUUCGCUUCAGACCCCAUGAGAAUUUAUGAAAAAAUUGUAGCUGGCAAAUAUAGAUGCCCGGGGCAUUUCACGUCUGACUUGAAAGAUUUAGUUGGUCACAUCCUUCAAGUUGAUGUCACAAAGCGUUACGGAAACUUAAAGGAGGGUGUAAUGAACUUUAAAAAUCACAAAUGGUUCAAAGAAGUUGACUGGGACAUGCUACUGAACAGUCGAAUACAUCCUCCGUUUAUACCUAAAAUUCGUUCCGCCGGAGACACGGCAAACUUCGACAUUUUCGACGAAGAGAAAAUUAAAGAAAGCCCUGUAUGCCUAUAUGAAGAGGAAUUUGUAGACUUCUAA